AAUUUCAUAGUUUGCUGGGCAAUCUUUUGAAACUUCACGGCCCCGGUGAACUAAUAGGCGUAGAGUCAGGUUCAACAUAUCAUUCACGGUCCUGGAAUAAAAAAAAAGAAUUUCAUAGUUUGCUGGGUAAUCUUUUGAAACUUCAGGACCCCGGUGAACUAAUAGGCGUAGAGUCAGAAUUUCAUAGUUUGCUGGGUAAUCUUUUGAAACUUCACGACCCCGGUGAACUAAUAGGCGUAGAGUCAGGUUCAACAUAUUAUUCACG